AUGGCCACAAAUCAAGAGAACUGGGGACGCUAUUGUGGGGAGGCAGUUCAGAAGCAGAGCAGCGGUGGUGCUGAGAAGAUUCCAGCUCUACCCAUGGACCAGUUCCUGGAGAACGGAGGCCACCACUGGGAGGAAGGGAUGGAAGUGUAUCGCUUCUCUUGGCCCUCUUCGCUUUCCCUUGUUCCCAUCUUAAAUUGGUUGGCUCACCUCUUGUUUCGUCCAGUUUUUCUCCAGAUCCUUCUGUGCGAAUCCACCGCCCAAGUUGGAGGAUUUACUCAAGAGAAGCUGCAGCUCUUUGUCUCUCUGGGGAAGGAAGACGAGAGUGACGGAGGCCGAGACCAGCUUCUCAGGAAUCCUGAAGAGGAGAUGGAGACCAUCCCUUGGAUGACAGUCCUUUCGUGGAUCCUCCUGGAAGCAGGUUCACAAGCAGAUUCAUCUCUACCGAGACCCAGGCUGUCCUCGCCUCUCUCAAGCAACUUUAUUAUUAAAGGAGAAGAGAUUCCCUUGAAUUGCUCCCUCCCUGAGGGGGUCGAAUCAGGGAGUCCUGAGGGACCUCGUAGAAUAAGGUUCUAUUUCUUCUGUAAGGAUCAAUCCUAUAAAAUAAUUGAAGAUGAACAUCUCUCUAACAAUACCUUCAACCUCAGGACUGAAUAUCUGAGCUCGGGCCAAAUAAAGAUAAUAUGUAUAUGCAAAUUCAAGGAAAAAUAUUGGACACAGCCUUAUUCUCCCGAAAGUAACCAGCUGGUCUUCUCAGUGGUUGAUGUCCUCCCUUCCCCGCUGCUGAAGGUGGAUCCGUUGUCCCAGAGGGUGAAGGAAGGUGACCCCUUGGUCUUCCUCUGCUCAAUGGAAGGAGGAGACCGAGAGAAGAGGUUCCACUUCUACAAGGAUGGAGUGGAGAUCACCUCCAGAGAAGAAGCACUUCUGGAACCCUCCAGUGAGUCCACAAACCCUCUUCAAAAUGCCUCUCUGAGAAUCCCUCAUGCCUCGAUCAACCACAGUGGGGAAUUUGCCUGCAGUUAUGAAGAGAAGAGAAGCAACCGAUGGGUCACGUCUUCUUGGAGUCAAGGAACAAACAUCACCGUUGAGCCAGUUUCAACCCAAGAUUCAGAUCUUGUAUGGAGAUAUUCCUGGAUGGCGAUUCCUCUCAUAAUCCUGCUGGUUCCAUUUGCCUUUUAUUGCUGGAGGAAGAAGAGCACACCAGUAUCCCAGGAACGAUUUCAGCUC